AUUAUUUUCAAACCAAAUUUAAUCAAGCGGAAACGUAACAUCUCAACAUGCAGCAAUACCUCCACCAGCAGCAAUACCGGCUCCGCUGCUGAUAAUAUCAUCGACAAGCUGGUGACUAUGAACAAGCAUAAUAUACGCGAUAUAAUCAAUAACAGUAAUACAAAAUACGACGAAGCCUUAAAGGCUCAGGCCCGUAAACGGCUACGUGAAGAAAUCCGAGAUCAAUUGCGCUCAUUGUAUAUUGAACCGAUUAAGGAUCAUCCGGUAAAUUCGGAAUUUGUACCAGACGAAAUUGUCGAUUCGAUACACAUACCAGAUCUAUUAUUGGAAGAGAUACGCAAGGCAUUGGGUUACGAGGAACAGUCGUUGGGUGCCAUAACAGCUCCUCUUCCGCAGCAGAUUAAAAGUGAAGACUCAGCCACACCUCCACCCUUGGAAUUGGAAAUUAUUGAAGAGAAAUUGAUAAAUAUUCAAGAGCCUCCAGCUCCUAGAAGUCCACAAGAGGAAAGUGUUAGACCACUAAUUGUCGAGGAAGAACAGACAGUCACAACUCCCCCAGAGGAAUUGAGUGGUGAUAUUCACCAAGAAGAUCCAGCCACAGUUUUGACUUCACCACCCCUCAACAUGGCUGAUGAAGAAUUUUCGAUCUUACCAACCAUUAAAAAGGAACCCACUGAGGUUAACAAGCCAGAGGAGUCCGAAAAACCUCCCAGCACAAAAACCAAACAUUAUCGAAAACACAAAGAAUCUCACAAAACCAAACGCUCCCCGAAGAAGAGUCACAAAAAGAAAGAGAAACUUAAUCCCGAAAUUAUUUGCCUUGAUUCAUCUUCGGAUUCGUCCGGGAACAGUUCAUCCUCCUCCGGCAGCUCAUCGUCCUCCUCGUCUUCAUCAUCUUCAUCAUCCUCCUCCUCAUCAAGUGACUCCGAAUCGGACACAUCCCUCAAAUCAUCCUCAUCAGCAGUGAAACGUAAACGGCUCAAGCUCAAAGUGGAUGCUGAAAAUGUGGUCGACAGUUUUGAAAAACUUAUCCUGCCCAGCCUAAGUGAAAGCCUCAUCGAACGCUACCGCAGCAAAUAUUCCAAUACCACACACACAAAAUUGCAUUUUAUUUCAUGUAUAUGUGUUAGUGAAUAUAACUCGGAGAAAUUCUCCAAAAUGGAAGUGGCCAAGAUCCAAAGGAAUCUAAAGUCCACCGAUUGCUCGAUGGCCUUGGAAUUUUUAAUGCGAGAAAUUGUCAAUGUUUUCAAUAAACAAAAACAGGUGGCAAAAUUAGGUGAACAAAAUGGGGCGAAGAAGAUGAGUGGCUCCUCCCCCACGAAAAAGGAGUCACAUGAGAAACAAAAAUCUGCCAACCUAACAGAAAAGGAUGGAGGCCACAAAGAUAAUGCGGUGGAAAAAUGUACUUUAACAUUGUUUAGAGAAGAGCUGAAAGAGGGUGCGCAGCAGCCACGACCCAUAACUACAGCUCCCUUGAUGCAUGGUAGCCUAAGCACCACAACCAGCAAUGAGGUACCUCCCACACCACAACAACAACAUCAAAGAGAAGUAACCAAAAACAUGGAUACUGAAGAUGGAUGCCACAAAACACACUCCUCCUGCUCGACCAUAAAACCACCACCCCACAAAGAUGACACCAGCAGCAGCGCCCAAAAUCAUCUCAAUCGAAUUAAUCAGUUACAGAGAGACACUGAAAAUCAAUUCAAUCAUAUCAGAACCCUGACAAAUUUCAGCAACACCUCCGAUUAUAGCCUACUACCCCUGACCACAGAUACAACCAGCAAUUCUAUACGUUUUAAUGCCAGUAUCUUUGAUUAUCCCUCAUCUUCCUCGUCAUCCGCGAUCACAUCAACAGCAUUUGGUAGCCAACCACCUACAUUUCCCGCCUUGGAUUUGGAAUUGCUCAGAAAACAAUCACCCAUUGGUGAGGCUGUGGUUAAUAAUCUACGAGAAAUCGAUGUCAAGCUAAUGGAACUACACAAACGAAAAAUGUAUAUCGAGGAAAUGAUACUCAAACUGCAAAAGGAUAAAAUGGAUACGGAUCUGUUGACCAUAAAACUGCAAAAUGAGAAAUUUAUUUUAUUAAACACGGCGAUGACAGCCAAUGUUACCACCUCAGCGGCACCGGAGAAAUGUAAAAAGCUGUUUGAUACCACCAUAAAUUUGAAAAAUAUCAAAACCGAAACUGUGGAUAUUACCGAUGAUGAGCAGCAGCCACAACAACCACCUCAAGCUUUGGCGAAAAGCAGAAGUCAAGACCAACUGCCCCAACACUCUUCAAGGUUAACUGAAGAGCCACCCAAACUUACACAUAUAACAGAGGAGCAGGAUAUGCCCUCUACACCCAAGGAAGAUAUAACAACAUCCACAUCUUCCACCUCCUCCUCCACCUCUCACACCUCAAGGCAAAAAUCCCCAGCCUCCAGACACAAAACUACCCCCGAAAAAACCAAACGUAAAUCUUCCUCAGAUUCCAUACACAUUGGGGAGACCUUUAAACGCCUCUGUCGCGAAGCGCAAAAGGCCUCAAGUGAGAAUCGCGAAGUAAGCAGUAGUGGUAAUAAAAAUCAGGAUAAUACCCGACCCAAUAGCCCCAACACUCCACGCGAAGAAACCACACAUAGAUCGAAAUCGAAAAGAAAUGCAGAAACAAAAAAUGGGCAAAAAGAAGAAGCCAACGAAGAAGCACUGGAGAAUGAAACCACUCCCAAGGCCACAACAUCAAUGUAUACACUAUCACCACAAACAGCAACAACAGUAUCACCCAGACCAACAUCGGCACUCUCCAAUGCUAGUCUUGAUGCACCCACAAAUACACCCACGCCCACACCACCUCCUCCAGCUACUUCAUCAACGGGUGAUUUUUGCGAUAAUUUACAAAAAUAUAAAAAUAUGCCCUGUCGCCUAUUGGAAAAUCUCCAAUCACCCAUUGCUCAAAUCCGGAUUUAUCAAAAUUCCAUAUUGGCCUCGACGGAAGAUGGUAAAAUCUUUAUGUUCAAUGCCGCGACUUUGGAAUUGGUGAAUACAUUUAAUAAACACACCGAGGCCAUAACACAAAUGUAUUUGUGUGAGGAUAAGGGUUAUUUGUUUACCACCUCACUGGAUGGUUACAUGAAGAAGUCGUUAUUGGAGAACCUCUCAUCGGGUACCCAAUCGGUAUAUUUAAAAGAACCUCUACAAACAUUGGAUAUACAAUGGGAUACAGCAUUUACUGGCAGUAGAUGGGGAAAUAUUUACACAACUAACAUAUUGGCCAAUGUACGAUCUGCAGCAUUGCUAUGCUCCACAGAAUCGUCAAUACUUACAAUUAAGGCAGCCAAGGAAGGAGCACGCAAGGUAUUGAUUGUCAGCUCUAAAGGUAAUCUAAUACAUGUGCGUGAUGCUUCCUCCGGAUUAUUGCUGCGAACAUUUGAUGUACCCGAUUGCAUAAAUAUAUAUAGUAUAUUGUUGAAUGAUGGCCUGCUCUAUUGUGGUACACAGAAAAAAGAAAUAAGGAAAUAUGAUUUUGUGACCGGUGCUCCCGUGGGCUCCAUUACCUGUGGCAAUGGUGCCGUAAGCAUGCUAAUGUUUAGAAAUAAAUACAUGUUUGUGGGCUGUUAUGAUGGUUUUAUUUAUGUCAUUGACAAGGAGACUGGACGUCAAAUAACUCGCCUGACUGGAUCAGGCAAAAUGAUAUUGACAUUGGAAAUUGUAGGGGAUAAGGUCAUAACAUCCGCCAAAGAUGCUAGCAUGAAAAUUAUAAAUAUACCAACAUUUUGUUUAACAGAUUCACUUUAA